AGUACAACAUAGUAAACAUAUUUAAUAUAUAAGCAAACAGAAGGAGACAAUGCGAGGUACAAGGAGUCUCAAAGGAGCUGACUUUUUUCAUACUAUUUGAAUCGAAAGCUCUCUCUGAAGAAGAGUGCAAAUUUUUCAUACUGAUUGUCAUCUUCUUUUCAUAGAAGAGUUAAUUGGGUAAACAGAAUAGUAAGAACAAAAUAAUGAAGUUAACGCCAAGAGAGGUUGAAAAAUUAGGUCUUCACAAUGCUGGGUUCCUCGCUCAGAAGCGUCUUGCUCGCGGUUUGAAGCUCAACUAUACUGAAGCGGUGGCUCUUAUAGCCACACAGAUUUUAGAAUUUGUCCGAGAUGGUGACAGAACUGUGGCAGAAUUGAUGGACUUAGGGAAACAAUUCUUAGGAAGGAGACAGGUUCUCUCUGCUGUUCCACAUCUCUUGGAGACAGUACAGGUUGAGGGGACCUUUCCUGAUGGUACUAAAUUAAUAACCGUUCAUGAUCCAAUCGCAAGCGAAAAUGGAAAUCUGGAGCUAGCUUUACAUGGUUCUUUUCUUCCAGUGCCUUCAUCAGACAAAUUUACUAGCGUAGAAGAUGAUGAGAAUCCUGGUGAAAUAAUACAUGGAUAUGGGGACAUUAUGCUUAAUCUAGGAAGGAAAGCAGUUGUUAUCAAAGUUACCAAUACUGGAGACAGGCCGGUUCAGGUUGGCAGCCAUUAUCACUUCAUCGAGGUUAAUCCCUUCUUAGUUUUUGAUCGAAUGAGAGCAUAUGGGAAGCGCCUCAAUAUACAAGCUGGAACAGCCACAAGAUUUGAGCCUGGGGAAUGCAAAAGUGUUGUACUUGUAAGCAUAGGAGGUAAUAGAGUAAUCAGAGGAGGCAAUGGCAUUGUAGAUGGUCUAGUUGAUGAUGCCAGGUGGGAAGAAGUCUUAAGAGCUUUAAAUGAAAGAGGAUUUGGAAAUAAGGAAGAAGCAAAUGCUAGUGAAGGUAUUACUGGAGAAGGCUUACCUUUUGACAUGGUAGUUUCUCGUGAGGCAUAUGCUAACAUGUAUGGUCCUACUACUGGAGACAAAAUUCAGCUAGGUGAUACUGAUUUGUAUGCUGAAAUAGAAAAAGAUUUUUCUGUUUAUGGCGAGGAGUGUGUGUUUGGUGGUGGAAAAGUUAUAAGAGAUGGGAUGGGACAGUCAUGUGGGCAUCCAACAGCCGGCUCUUUAGAUACUGUUAUUACUAAUGCUUUGGUAAUUGAUUAUAGUGGAAUAUAUAAAGCUGAUAUUGGUAUCAAAGAGGGUCUUAUUGUUUCCAUUGGGAAAGCUGGGAAUCCAGAUAUUAUGGAUGGUGUAUCUCCCAACAUGAUCAUUGGGGUCAACACUGAGGUUAUUGCAGGUGAAGGAAAGAUUUUAACUGCAGGGGGCAUAGACUGUCAUGUACAUUUUAUAUGCCCUCAAUUGGCAUAUGAAGCAAUAUCAAGUGGCAUCACAACUGUUGUGGGAGGUGGAACUGGACCUGCAGAAGGAACUCGUGCAACAACUUGCACCCCGGCACCUUUCCAAAUGAAACUAAUGCUGCAAUCAACUGAUGAGCUGCCUUUAAAUUUCGGUUUUACAGGAAAGGGUAACAGUUCCAAACCUGAUGAGCUACAUGAAAUAAUCAAAGCCGGGGCAAUGGGACUGAAGCUGCAUGAGGACUGGGGAACUACUCCUGCAGCAAUAGACAAUUGUUUGACUGUUGCAGAACAAUAUGAUGUUCAGGUUAAUAUCCAUACAGAUACCUUGAAUGAAUCUGGAUUUGUGGAACACACAAUUGCUGCUUUUAAAGGAAGAACAAUUCACACUUAUCAUAGUGAAGGCGCAGGUGGAGGUCAUGCUCCUGACAUCAUUAAAGUAUGUGGUGUGAAAAAUGUCUUGCCAUCAUCAACGAACCCCACACGGCCUUACACAUCGAAUACCAUAGAUGAGCAUCUUGACAUGCUGAUGGUCUGCCAUCACCUUGACAAGAACAUCCCAGAAGAUGUAGCUUUUGCUGAAUCAAGAAUAAGGGCAGAAACAAUUGCUGCAGAAGAUAUUUUGCAUGAUAUGGGCGCGAUUAGCAUUAUAUCUUCUGAUUCACAGGCGAUGGGACGCAUUGGGGAGGUGAUUACUAGAACUUGGCAAACUGCUCACAAGAUGAAAUCACAAAGAGGGUCAAUUGACCCAACUGGAUCAAACAAUGACAACCUUCGGAUCAAACGAUACAUUGCAAAGUAUACUAUAAAUCCAGCAAUAGCUAAUGGGAUUUCUCAGUAUGUUGGCUCAGUUGAGGUGGGUAAGUGGGCUGAUCUUGUGCUGUGGAAGGCACCAUUUUUUGGAGCAAAACCAGAGAUGAUCAUCAAAGGUGGUGUAAUUGCAUGGGCUAAUAUGGGUGAUCCAAAUGCAAGCAUCCCCACACCUGAACCGGUGUUGAUGAGACCCAUGUUUGGAGCAUUUGGCAAGGCUGGUAGUGCCAACUCCAUUGCAUUUGUCAGCAAGGUUGCUUUAGAAAAUGGUAUUAAAACCUCAUAUGGACUCAACAAAAGUGUAAAAGCAGUGAGCAAUGUGAGGAGUCUGACCAAACUGGACAUGAAGCUGAAUGAUGCCCUCCCAGACAUCACGGUGGACCCGGAGACAUACACAGUCACAGCAGAUGGUGAGGUUCUGACCUGUGCUGCAGCCACCACAGUUCCACUAUCUCAGAACUACUUCCUCUUUUAGGCUCAUUACUAGUUUAUCUUAAUAUCAUAGUAGUUAAGCAAAUUAUCAUGAUGUGCCAGGGGCAAAACAAAAUAAAGAAUAAAGAAUCCAUGUUUUGUGAUCUAUAUAUUAUAUCUGUCUCUUGAAUUUGUGCACAGACAGAGAUGUAACAAAAGUUUGAGUUGUUAUUCUUCUUGGUGGGCAAUAAUGAUUUAGAGAAUAUGCAAGUGGUGGGGCUUUUGAAUGGUCCUUCCCCACUCACACCUUUCUAUCAAACUAGUCCUCUACUUUAUGUCUUAUACAAAGAAAGGUAUAGAAGUUGAUAAAUCUUCUGUCCUCUUACUCUAAA